CUGUCUCAGAGCGGUGUCGGUGUCCUGCAGCCCCUCUCUCUGAAUGGGUCUGCCCGGUGCAUGACAUGUGCAGCAGUUGUACAUAUCAGCUGGAAGCCUGCGAGCUGCUGUCUCACUCGAGUCCACCGUGCGGGAGAAAUGGCAGGCUGGGGAGGUUUCUUCGUGUCUCUCCUCAACUACAAGACAGAAAAAUAUGUCAUCGCCGAGAACAGGAAAAUCGGGAUAUUAUUCAGACUCUAUCAGCUGGCCGUGCUGGGAUACAUAAUUGGGUGGGUGUUUGUGGUGAAGAAAGGUUACCAGGAGAGAGAGGAGGCCAUCCAGACCUCCGUCAUCACCAAGCUUAAAGGUGUUACACUGACCAACAGCUCAGAGACGGGGCUUCACCUGUGGAGUGCUGAGGAUUAUGUCAUACCCCCGAACGGUGAACAGGUGUUCUUCAUAGUAACAAAUUACAUAGAGACCCCCAACCAGAGGCUGAGGUUCUGUGCUGAGAGUAACAAGGUGCCAGAUGGACAAUGUCAAAGUGAUGAUGAUUGUCCGGAGGGGGAAUCUGUAAUAGCUGGCCAUGGAAUAAAGACCGGCGUGUGUUUAAACAGCACAGGGACCUGUGAGAUUCACGCCUGGUGUCCUGUCGAACACAGCAAGAGACCCACAGAGCCCUUACUGAGCGAAGCGGAAAACUUCACCAUCUACAUCAAGAAUUUCAUCAGGUUUCCAAAGUUUGAAUUCUCCAAGUCCAAUGUCCUUGAAACCUCUGACGAGAGCUACCUGAAAAAGUGCACCUACGACAAAGAGGAAAACCUGUACUGCCCCAUCUUCCGCCUCGGAGAUGUGGUCAGCUGGACCAGAAAUGACUUCCAGGAGAUGGCUGCAAAGGGGGGGUCUGUUGGUAUUCUCAUUGAGUGGAACUGUGACCUGGAUAAGGACUCAUCACAGUGUAAUCCCGAGUACAGCUUCACCCGUUUGGACAUGAACUUGAACAACUCGGUCACUUCCGGAUACAACUUUAGAUACGCAAGGUAUUUCAAGGAUGAAAAAGGGGAAACCUUUCGCACUUUGUACAAAGUGUAUGGGAUUCGCUUUGAUAUAAUGAUCAAUGGCCAGGCUGGGAAAUUCAAUAUUGUUCCAACAAUAAUUGCCAUCGGUUCGGGUGUUGCCCUGCUGGGUGUAGGAGCCUUUGCAUGUGACAUGAUACUGCUGUACAUGAUGAACACGAGCUCCUUCUACCGAGAGAGGAAGUUUGAAAUCAUCAACUUCAAGAAAGAACGGACCAAAUCCAAGGAUGGUAAGACAGGACACAGAGAGAGGCGAACCAGGAAACCAGCUGCAGAGAGAGACGCUGCCAACUCCACUAAAAAGCCAGAGGAAACUGAAACUACUGUGGAAUCUUUUCCCACCGCAGAGGGCCAGCUGGCUGUGAACAAACGGGGUCCCACUAUUCCACGCAACACAGGACAGCGAUACUCAGCCCUCAUCUCUCCUCAACCUGCAGAGCCGAGGCAUCACAUCACCUUCUCUUCACACAAUUAGCAGGUGGAGUGAGACGAAUCACCCGCAGCAGUCUGCGAGAGGGGGAACCAAAAGUCGGACUGACGUCUCAUCUACUGGCAUGACUGCUGGCAUGACACUAGCUACAGUGAUACCUGAUAUGUUGGUCCAGAGAAAUGUUAAUGUUCAGCACUGUGCACAUGGGCCGGGACACUGAUGUAGAAAUACUCAGAGAGGUGGUUUCAGUGGCUGGGUCAGGGUCCAAAGCUGGGAUGUGGGAGAUACAUAAUGAUCUACAAAAGUACUGUGGUAACGCUGAUUAGCAGUGACAUGAUAUGAUUCUUAGACUUGAAAGGGACAGUUCACCCCAGAAUCAAAAAUAUGUAUAUUUCCUCUUACCUGUAGUGCUAUUUAUAUCAGUCUAGAUUGCUUUGGUGUGAGUUGCAGAGUGUUGGAGAUACUGGCUGUAGAGAUGUCUGCCUUCUCCAAACUAGAUCAGGGGUCUUCACUAUUUACAGGCUAAGGACCCCUGUAACUGAAAGAGAGACAAAGCGGGGACCCCCUCAAACAUAAAUUGUAUAAAACUGAGUUGAUAAUUCUCGGGAUAUUUGGGGUCUUGUCUUGUUUGCACUUGCCUGUAGCUGCUAAAUAAGCAACAGUUGUAGCAUGGCAAGGUGCGUUAGCCUCCUCUCUGCACUUUCGCCGGUGGUUUCCGAGGUGGAUGGUAUGUCAGAGUCUCUUGCUUGAAAAGUUACAGAACAAUCCACUGUUGCUCACAAGAAUGUAUGUACACGUGGAAUAACAAUACAGCUAAUUGGCCAGUAUGAUUCAGUAGUAUGUAACUGUCAGCUAAGUAGUUUACCAUGCACAGGGAUUUAGCGUUAGCAAGCGCACAUGAUUGUACAGGGACUCAUGGGUAACAGUCAUCCUAUCAUAAACGUUUUGUGCUUUAAAUUAAAUGUCGAAGUGUGUUUGGGGUAGCUGUGGCUCAGAGUAGAGCGGGUCGUCCUCCAGUCGGAAGAUUGGCUACUCAAUACCCGGCUCCUCCAGCCUGCAUGUUGUAGCAUCCUUGAGCAAGAUUCUGAGCCCCAAAUUGCUCUCGAUGGCUGUGUGUGAGUGUGUUAAAAACUGAGUAGCAGGUGGCACCUUGUAUGGUAGCCUUAGCCACCAGUGUGCAAAUGGGUGAAUGUGACUCGUAGUGUAAAAAGCACUUUGAGUGGUUGAAUAUCUAGAAAGGCGCUAUACAAGUGCAGGUACAUUUACCAUUUAUUUUCAGUCAUAUUUAUAUUGUUGCUGGAAAAAAAAUGAAACUUAAAUUAUCAAACAGUAAUUUGGUGACCGUUACCCUAACAGUAACUCUGAGGACCCUUUAGGGGUCAUGGACUCCCUGUUAAAGACCCAGGCACUAGAUGACAUAAUAAAUAAAUAAUGAAUGAAUAAAUAAAUAAAUAGAAAUACAUUUGAAAAAACUCAAUAGCAACGUCUCUUUCCAGAAAUUAUGAUCUGGUUUCUCAAGAUAAUCAGCAGGCUUUGUUGUGGGCACUUUGACGUAGGACCUAUUUCCUUUCCACUAACCAAACCUGCCAAACGUGUCAACGUUCAGAGAGACUCACACAGUUGCAUAAGAGAUACGACAGGCCACAGUGCAUGCUAUUGUGCAUGUACUGUCUUGACACACAUAGAUACUUGACACUGGGAAACAUCAACAUACAUAUCACCCAGCAAUCAUCAUGGCAUAUCAUACAAAAAUAUAAAAGACAGUAAGAAAUUUAUCAUUUAAUUGAAGAGUUUUUAUAGUAUAUCUGUAGAUUUAGAUUUAAUAGCUUAUGUAGAAAAAGCACACCAUUUUGUUUUAGAGGGCUACUGACUAUUUAAAAAAAAAUAAUAAAAAGAAAACAUUGACGCAGACGGAUUUGCCCUUUCGUCAACAUGUAUAGCAAAUGACACUAUUUUCUUUAUGAUAUCAUUUAUCUUUAAACACAGGUAUAUCUCCAAGGUAGCAUUCUGAAUCACUUGAGUGGGCCUGCUCUCUCUACGGGCCCCUUCAUCCCACGGGCCCCAGAGCAAUCACACUGCUUUCACAGUCUAUAUUUAUGCCUCUUAGCACCACUGAGCUAGCUAACGUUACAGCUCAACUGAGGAGGACACCUUUAAUGCUUACAUCUCGCGCUGUAAGGAGUUUCUCGUCCAUGAGCAGAUGCACGCUUCCUUCUGCCCAGGGAGAUGGUCAGCUGUUUUCAAAUGUAUUUUUUGGGCGCUUUGAGCACCACAAGCAGUGUCAUCUAGUUCCAUUAUACUUGAGAGAAGGCAGACAUCUCUGCAGCUGAUAUCUCCAACACUCAACAACUCACACCAAAACAGUCUAAAUUGAUUGAUAGCACUACAGGCCAGAGGAAAAAUAUGCCUUUUUGAUUUUGGGGUGAACUGUCUCUUGAAGUGAAUUGCCAAACGUUUGCCCAUGACUACUUUACAAAUGCAAAAUUGUGUCUUCAUUUCAUGUCAUAAAAUCAAUACCUAAAAGCUUUUUUGGCUGUUGAUCAGACUAAUUAAGCAUCAUUUCCAGUUAAUAUAAUGAUUGGCCGUAGUUUCUUUGUAACUAUUGCCCUUUAUGGACUAAAAAUCACAGUAAAAAUACUUGACAUGAUGGACUCAUAAACCUCACUGGAUUAAGUAAAACAGACAGAAUGAUUUAUGCUAAACUGGUCAGCAAAGAUACCGUCUAAAUGAUUUCAUCAGCAUGGAGUCAAAAAAUGUUUUAAAAACUGCACUUGGAAGCAAUAUGUGAAAAAAAUGUGUGAACGGUCUUAAUUGUUAGUGUUUCAGUCGGAUGCAUCAUGCACCUCUGUUGUGACAGAAAUCUACUGUUAAACACUGCUGAUGUGUUUCCUGCUGUAUGUUGAUAUCGGCCAUGCAAUGGCUACAACACAACCUCAUUCACGAUAUAUUUCACUUGUGAAGCUGUGGAACGCAGUCGUGAUGUGCUACGAGUCUACUGUGAGUGGACACGUUCACUGCUGGCUGAUUGUUAAUGAAUAGUGCAAGACACUGACGUGCAUGGACU